GCAUAGAGGGUUGUUGGGUGCUGGUGGGUCACGGGGAUCGAGGAGGAGGACUCGCUCCGCAGCGUCCGAGCUUCGGAUUUAUCACUUCCAUCGCUGCUGCUGCUGCUCGGUUGGUUGCCUCGGUGCAGCAGGGUUUGCACUGAUCGGACCGAGAGUGGAUUAGAAGUGUGUUUUGAGGGUUGAAAGCAAGCGCCUCUCUCCACCAUGUACUCAUGGAUGCUUCGGGUGAACACGGUGCUUACGUUGAGCGUGACCGUGUUGGCCCUUCUGUGCGCCGUGGCUUCGAUGGCCGACAACCUGCAUUGGCACACGCCGUCAGUGGAAUUAGAGGUUGUAAAUGUUGGACCGCUGGAAAGACUGCGGAACGGUGAUGACAGGGUUACUUUGUCGCUGAACAUCAAGGCAGACUUGGAAUCCGUGUUCACCUGGAAUACAAAACAACUCUUUGUGUUUGUAGCAGCUGAAUAUUGGAAUCCCGAAGAGGGAUUCAAUCAGAUUUCUUUGUGGGACACAAUUAUCGAGAAGAAAGAGAACGCAAAAAUCAACACGCAAGUAAAAUCCAAGCUUCUGAGGAGAUCAACUAGAAUUGGAUACUUUACAUAUCCUUUUCAAGGUAAAGACUUGAAAGGCCGUGACUUCAAUUUGACAAUGUACUGGAACGUGAUGCCAGUCACUGGUGUCUUCACCACUGACAAAGUUGUUGUUCCAGGGUUCCAACUCCCACAAUCUUACAAUUAGCACUCUUCCAAUAAAUGAAACUUCAAACAUGCUUGAGCCAGUUGGUGACUGCGGUUAUGUAUGCUACGAGAGUCGAAAUCUUAUGGGUACAUCAAGCUCGGGACACUUCUCUGUGUGUAUUGAGUUGAUUGAUUGCGUAAAUGUUUUGAAUUCAUAACAAGACAUUUGGUGGAAUAUUCCUUCAGCACGUACUGCAAGUUGUAUUGCAACGCAGAAGUUCACAAAGUAGACUCCAUGGGGUCGCUUCCCUAGUAAAAAUGUCAAGGGCACAUGGCUUUUUCAACCUGAAGCAUCCAUAAAUUAGCCUAACCCUAGAACAUCCUUAUCA